AUGCCACCGAAGACAGGGCAAGGUCGCAAAAUAGUCGCCGCACCUCGGGCAAAGGCGGACCGUACUGGAAAAGAGAAUGAAGCUGCAAGCCCAUCUAGUGCAGCUGGAAAAGCGUCGCCGUCGACUCGAGGGCGCAAGUCCAUUGGAGGCAAGAGGGGGGGUAAGCGACCAGCUGGUGCAUCAAGGCAAUCAGAUGUCCAACCUGGAGAUCCCACCCCUAAAGGCCGUCAUCGCCGCUACAAACCGGGUACCGUUGCCUUGAAGGAAAUCCGCAAAUACCAGCGCUCUUACGACCUCCUCAUAAGGAAACUCCCGUUCGCAAGACUUGUGCGCGAAGUCGCAUUGGAGCUACUUCCUGCAGAUGUUGGUGCUGAAUUGCGCUGGCAGUCGCAAGCCAUCAUGGCGCUACAAGAAGCCGCGGAGGCUUUCCUUGUUCAUCUAUUUGAGGACACCAAUCUAUGUGCUAUACACGCGAAGCGAGUGACGAUUAUGCAAAAAGAUAUCCAGCUUGCUAGGAGAAUCCGUGGCGCUUGGGGUGGUCUAGGCUAA